CCAACCUAGCGUAACAUUCUUAUCCCAAAAGCCACCGCCUCACCUCCGCAUCUGUACGGUGUAAUCGUCUCACCAACACCCGCCUCAACAUCUUCUUCGACCACACCCAUAGCCAUUGGCACUCGCCCCUGCGUCAACCGAUCAUUAUUUUCCAUCUUCUUUUGGCAUCACUUGCACCCUCUAUGUUCGCCGGUCGCCACCAUUAAGCUCAUAGAUCGAUCGCCACUGUGUUGUCCUCACCGACAACCGGUCAUCAUAUACAUUCGACGCCUCCGACGACUCUCAGCACCUUUACUACGCCCAAUCGUCAAUAAAGUUUUCAUAGCCAUUUCUUUGGGCUGCAAGCAAUGAUGAAGUUGUAAAAAGGAUCCCCGUCGAUUUCCAAAGCUAAAAUUAAAAUACAAAGGAAAGAAAAGGGAGAAAGAAGCACUGUGCGGGAGAAGCCUUGUUGCCGAUCGACCUGUUUGUUCUCUUCUUCCGUAACUUGUAACAGCAUCGGUAUCACCUCCCCCUCUACCCUUUAUUGAUCUUUCUGCACUUGAAGGCCUAGUGGGAAUUUGCUAAAUUGUGAUAUGAGUCUGGAGACGAUUCUGUUUCACUGAAAUUGAAGUUCAAAGGUAAUAUUGAAGUUUUUGACUAUGCACGAUAGCUGAGAUUGAAAGACGAUUCUUAUUUCUUUGAAAUUGAAAUCAAAGACUAUUAACCCAUCCAAGAUCCAGAAUCAAUUUCAAUUGCGGAGGAAGCCAAAAACGAUUCUGUUUCAUUUCUAUGGAAUCCAAUAGAUUUUAGACAGAGGAUUUUCAAUUCCAUGGAAUCCAUUACAACAGAUUCUAUUCAAUUCCAUUAAAAUCCAUUAAAAUCUGAAUCCUUUAAAAUCUUGUGAAAUCCGAAUUGAGGUCACCCCUAAAAUAGGAGCCCAGCGCCCCAGCCCUAAUCCCUUUAGCCCUAAAUCCCCGAAUCAUCGAAACAUCGAGCUUCAACCUCCUCACUUGCUCAGCGGACUUCAGCAGUUCAACCAUCGCCUAUAAUCCCCAACCGUUCCUUCUCCACUCUCUACUCUCCAGACAACGGCCACCUACAGUCAGCAACUCCUCACCACUUCCCACUCGCCAGUCACCAUCCCAUUCGAGUUCCGCUGCUGGUCUGCUCCUGCUUUGCCCCUCUGCCCCUCUCUCGUCCUCUCAAUCUUUCCGCUUGCUACUUUCUUAAGGGACUCAAGGUAAUUUGAAUUAUCUUCAUAUAUGCCUUUCAAAUCUAAUUACUUCAAUCUUAGAAAAAUAUACUACUGUUAUUAGACUUAAAGUUGCUAAUUUACCAUAAUCUACUGAGAUAAUAAUGUUAGAUAUUGAAGUUCAUCUUCACAGUAGGGUGAAAAAAAAGUUGCCAGUAACCCCAAAAGCACCAUGAGCAGGUGGGGUUAAUCCCCAUGUCUCGAGAAGCAAUGUAUUUGAUCUACUCAUCUUCAUAUGCUCUCAUGCAGUCAUGCCCAGAAGCAAAACGUAAGGGUGGUCAGGUUCAGAACCGGACCCAACUGGAAUCAGGUGGUGAGGUUCCAUAUUUGGAACGAAAAUAAUGAGCACCGAAGCAAAGCUGACAUCGGAAUCAGCCCAAUACCAGUUCAUGUUCCUCCAAAAUUGGAGUUAGGACUGAACUAGUUAGCAUUUUACCACUGGAUUCUUGAUUUUCAAACGUAAAAAUCAAACCUAACUUUACUAGGGGAUUCCAGGCUUGGGUGGUGAGGCAGGGACAGGAACACACACAAAUCAUGUUAAAUUAUUGAUUAGUUAAAUUAAGAUGUUUGAAAGCAUUGACAACUUGAAAAAUUUUUAUAUCUAUUUUGUUUGACAAUUAGUUCUUUCUUUAGCAUCGGCAGUGAAGGAAUUAAUGAUUGUAAUAUACUUAAUUGCUCAAGUUUUUGUAGUUAUUUAUCAAUGAAUUCUUAAUUUUUGUCAUAAUUUCUCUUUGUAAUUUAUUUAUUGUCUUUCAAGUUUGACCUUUUGUAUUCACCCGUUACUCACCCGAUCCACCUGAUAACCCGUUCAUGAUGGAUGGGUUGGAUGUGGAUGUAAAUUUUAAUGGAUGAUGGAGGUGGGUGGACUAUGAAAAAUUAACGGGUGGACGACGGAUGAGCAUUCACCCGGUAUAAAUCUGACCCGCUGCCACCCCUAUUCAUCGCCGUGAAACAAUGAAAAAAAAACUCCCUAUCUUUCUCUUCUUGCACCGGCGUUUUCAUUAUCUGCGCAGCUACGUUUUCUUCUUCGUCUGGGCGACGGCUGCACCCAACGGCCACCGCACGCCACCAGAAAAUCUUCCCACUAACGUCCGCGGUUCCGCUUUCUAUGAUUCAGGCAAAAGAAAUAAAUAAGUUCUCAACUUUUAAUCAACUAGCAAUAACUAUGUAAAUCUUUAGUUUGCUCGUUUGCCCUAAUUCAUCAGUGUGGGAAUUCAAGAUAUCUAGUUCUUCUUCUUCUUUUUUGCACAACUACUCCAAAUAAAGUUUAUUCCAGUUUUAUCAUUUGGGAAUAAAUAAUCUUAGUGUGGGAAAUAGGUGUGCACAAUUAGUUCUAGAAUUAUAUUUUAGUGUGCAUUUCCGAUCCAGAGAGCUAAAAGAUCAUCUUCACCAUGGGUAUGGCACGACGUAAAUUGGACUUAAAUUUUCUGAUAAUCUAGUCUGAGCCAGGUAGAUGAUCUUCACCUUGAAUACAUUCUAGGCGUAUUCAAUUACUCACUAAAUGAUAAAAUUUUUGUGUCUUUAGUUAUUGUUUAAUUUUUAGUUUGGGUUUAUUGAAUAUGGAUUUGUAGAAGUCAUUUACAUUCUGGGUGUAUUCAAUUAAAACUUCAAGUGUGUAAACAGUAAAUUACAUUCUAGGUGAAUUCAAUUACAUUCUGUGUGUGUUUAGUUAUUGUUUAAUUUGACUUGUUGAAAGAAGCUUGAAUCAUUUGUGUCAGCAAGCAAACCUUCAUUGAGGGUAUUAAGGGUAAGAAUCAGAACUCAGUUUAGAUUCUUGUUGUUGUUUUCGUACCAGGAAUUCAGGUCAAAGUUGAAAGAGUAUGCUUUCAAAGUUAAAGUUUAUCCCCCGUGAUCAACUAGAUGAGGAAACAAAUAAGGACUCAGAUUAUUUACAAAAGCACAGAAAAAGAUCUGGUCAUAAAAGGACAAAGCAUAUUAAAAAUAAGAGGUCUCACUAUGACAGUUCAGAUGAUGAAGUAGUAAAAAUAUCAUCUGAUAAAAAGAAGUGGCGUGACUCAGAUGAGGGGUUUUCCUCAAGUUCAGAUCAUAGUAAUAUGGAUUCAGACAUUUGUGAGAAAAAGAAAAGACACACUAGUAGAAAGAAAAGCCAGAAAAGAAAUCACCGAAGAAGCAGCUCAAAUGAUGAAGUCAGAUACUAUACCAAAACUAAAGAAAGAACUCGAACAAAAGACAUUUCAUCCAAUGGAUCUUCAUCUGAUGAUACUGAUGGCAGUGGUGGCAAACCAUAUAAUGAGGUUGUUAGGAAAGAAAUUGGAAUGGAGUGGAUGUUUAGGCCGAUAGAAAGUGCAGAGAAGGCUCCAAAAAUUGAUGACAUUCAAUUAGAUGAAGCUCAAGCUCAAGCCGAGGAGACCCAAAAAGUAAAUCCACGAGAACUAAAUCCGUAUCUGAAGGAUAAUGGAAGUGGUUAUCCAGUAGAUUCAGAAGGAACAAAGGCCGGUGUUGAACAACUUUUGUCUUCAGUAGUUGUUGGUGAUGGAGGUGCAAGCUGGAGGCUGAAAUCUUUAAAGCGAGCUCAAGAACAAGCAGCACGUGAAGGGCGAAAGCUGGAUGAGAUAGUUGAAGAGCGGUGGGGCUCACUUAGUCAACUGGCUGUUUCAGUUGCAUCCUGUAAAGCUGCCCCCACCCAUGCUCAUCUUCAUGCCAUCAAAAGUAGGAGGCAAGGCUCAACAGAGAGUGAAAUUGCAGACAGGCAUGAAAAAGGAUCUGCUGAGAAGGAACCACCUUCUUGCAACCCAAAAAUGAGAGUACCAAAACUUAAAGAUUCAUUAUCUUGGGGCAAGCAGAAAAAGCAGAAUAUGUCGAGCAGGGAUACUGAUAUUAUUUCUUCUGCAAUAUCCAACUCAAAUAAAUUUGCCAAUGAUGGAAGUUUCAUGUCUAAAUUUAUGCAUCCAAAAAGUGAUGGUUUUGGCAAUGUUUGUGAUUCAUCAAACCCAAUGUCAGAAACAUUUAAUGAGUUGUCACAUCUGGAAUCUACAAAUGGCUGCAAAGACAUCUCCGAUGUGAAGCCAGCCUUGAGUGCAAAUCAGCUGGCCGCCAAGGUGAUGCAAUUGCGCAUGAAGGGAUUGCACAAUGAAGCAGACAAACUCAUGAAAGAAGCAGAGGAAAUGAAAGCAAAGCAAGCCGCUUGUGAUGGUAAAGGUGACAAAUCCAGCAGAUAUCGGAUUGAUGGGAGCACAAGCAGGUAUAUUAUGCAUGAGCAUUCCAGUCAACAGAAGAAGAAUGAGGACGAUGCUGACCUUCAUUUGGCUCACAAGAUUGCACGACAGCAACAGUAUAGUUUAUCUAGUCGGGCAGAUGAUGAAUAUGACUAUGACGACGGUCCUGCGAAAAAGGCUCGGAGGAGAGGAGUAGCAGGGACUGAUGGCAAAUCUGGGGAGAUAACUAAUAUUGCGAAGCGCAUUGUGACUCAACAGGAGCGCUGUCAAUUCUGCUUUGAGAACCCUAAAAGACCAAAGCAUUUGGUUGUCUCCAUUGCAAAUUUCACAUACUUAACAUUACCCCAGUGGCAGCCCAUUGUCCCAGGUCAUUGUUGCAUUUCAACUUUGCAGCACGAAUCAGCAACAAGAUCCGUUGACAAUAACGUGUGGGAGGAAAUUCGAAAUUUCAAGAAAUGUCUGAUCAUGAUGUUUGCACAGCAAAACAAGGACCCAGUGUUCCUUGAAACUGUAAUGGGGCUAGCAAGGCAAAGACGUCACUGUUUAGUUGAGUGCAUUCCUGUUCCACGUGAUAUUGCAAAGCAAGCACCUCUCUAUUUCAAGAAGGCAAUUGAUGAAGCAGAAGACGAAUGGAGUCAGCACAAUGCAAAGAAGCUUAUUGACACAAGCAUAAAAGGUUUGAGGGCUUCUAUCCCCAAGGAUUUUCCUUACUUUCACGUCGAAUUUGGUCUAGAUAGGGGAUUUGUCCACGUUAUUGAUAAUGAAAAAGAGUUCAGAAGCAAUUUUGGGUUGAAUGUGGUAAGAGGCAUGCUGAAGUUGGCUGCAGAAGACAUGCAUCGAAGUAGGAAGCAAGAUUCUGUGGAGACACAAAUGCACGCUGUUGCAAACUUUGCCCUUGAUUGGGAGCCUUUCGAUUGGACAAGCCAACUCCACUAAGUUGUAUUUUUAUUUUUAUUUUACACUUUGGAUGUGGUGCCUUUCAGGCAAGACGAUAUUUGGAGUCAAUAUAGCAUUUAUGUUCUUUCUAUAUGACUUGUGUCUGCAAAAUAAUUUUGCACCCCUCGUUUUGCUGUGAUAUCCCCUCAUGUUUAAACUUCAUACCUAGUAAUUAUGUCAUUUAUACUUUCAGCCG